AUGGAGUCUGCCGAUACGAAUAUCCCGUGGCAAGAAAGAGUAGCUAAAAAGCAAAAGGAAAAUUCCGAAAAGAUUCCGUCGACAUGGAGGAUUCCCAAUGCUUUCUGGGACAACUUCCAAACACCUUUAGCAGAACACAAGAAUGAUCUAGUCCAAGAACAAGCCAUUCGCAAGUCUGGCAUUCUGACAGGCCGUGAACUCGAAAUCACCGAAAGUUAUACAGUUUCCAGUCUUCUUUCUGCCUUGGCGAAAGGUCACUUGACCUCUGCAGAGGUGACGUUGGCGUAUUGCAAGCGUGCUGCAGUUGCCCAACAAUUGGUCAAUUGUCUCACAAACACCAUGUUCGAUGAAGCACAGAAAAGAGCGGAACAUUUGGACCGCUUGCGAGCUCAAGGUCAACUGGCUGGCCCGCUCCAUGGUCUCCCAAUCAGCAUCAAGGACAAUUUCCAUCACAAGGGUACUGAAUCUACCAUUGGGAUGCUAUCGUUCAUGGGUGAAGUUUCAUCGGAAAGCUCGCCCCUUGUACAAAUCCUGUUAAAGCUUGGAGCGGUUAUCUAUGUUAAAACUAAUGUGCCCCAAACCAUGAUGACGACCGACUCUCACAAUAACGUUUUCGGGCGCACCCUUAAUCCAAGGAACACCCAAUUGGGACCUGGUGGAUCGAGUGGCGGCGAAGGGGCUUUGAUAGCUUUAAGGGGCUCGCCAUUGGGCGUUGGAACAGAUAUUGGCGGCUCCGUCCGCAUCCCAGCCCUAUGCUGCGGGACAUAUGGAUUCCGACCUAGUGCUGCAAGGGUCCCGAACGGAGGAAUGCGAGUCUGCACCACCAGUGGAAUGAAGUUUGUCCUGUCUUGUGCGGGCCCACUUUCUUUGGAUCUAGAUGGCAUCGAGACAUUCUUCAAGACACUUUUUGAGGCCCGCCCCGCUCUUUACGAUUCCACUAUCUUGGACAUUCCAUGGAGACAGGUCUCCACGAAGCAAAAGCUAAGAAUCGGAGUUGUUCCCGAAAGCCCUAAUUUUCCUCUGCAGCCCCCUGUUAAAAGGACGCUGGAAGAUGCAACCCGCAUAUUAGAGGCACAGGGCCACACGAUCAUUCCGUUGACCUCGGCGGAAUGUCGGGUGAUGGAGGCGACUGAGGUCGCUUUCGGUACCUUCGCUCUUGACCCAGGCGCAAGGAACCACCUUGAAUCAUCCGGAGAUCCCCCGGUGCCAGCCUUACUUCACCUUGGUCAGCAGGGUGAGAAGCUUAAACAAAAUGCCGGAUCCUCUCUGCCGGAUAGGAGUGCAUUGGAUCGAAUGGGCCAAUUGGCUGCACUAAACACCCAUAAAGCAGAAAUGCGCGAGGAUUAUAGAAAGUUGUGGCUCGCAAACGACCUUGAUAUUUGCAUCGCACCCCCUGCCCAGAGCACUGCAGUUCAGCACGAUACUUUUGGACUGCCUCCAUACACGGCAUUUUUGAACGCUCUCGAUUUUCCGUCGUGCAUUCUUCCCUUUGGGCACGUGGGCGCAGAAGAUGCAACUGGGACUUACGAGCUGAAGAAGGACCAAAUUGGUCCGGAAUACAACUUUGAGGUACUCAAUGGGGCACCCUGCUCUAUUCAACUGUUUACUCUCAACAUGCGUGACGAAGAAUGCUUGCAAAUGGCGAAGCAAAUUGAUCAAGACCUCAAGGGUAGAGCUUGA